UCCGAGCAACAUAGCGAGACCUUGUCAAAAAUAAAAGAAAGAAUGAAUGAAAGAAUUAUGCAGUGAUACUGCCCAGAGGAUAGCGUGCACGUGAAAUGCUUAACAGUGAAGUUGGUGCUCCUGAUGGCCGCGGGUGGGCUGAACCGGACUCCCAGCGCCCGAGAGGAGCGCCAGGGGAACUACAAUGCCCACAAGGCUCCGCGCCUUCCUCAAUGCACUUCCGGCUGGCCUGGGACUCAGGCAGAACAUUGGUUCUCUGUGCGGGGCUUGGUGGCGAGGAUUGGAGGGCGGGAGCUGUGCUGAUUUAGGAUUGGCAAAAUCGCUAUCAGCCCCGCCUCUAAAACCCGGAAGUAACCUCCCCGGUAGUCCCACGUGUAGCGGGGAAACAGGAGUUCGGAUGGCUGAAGGGGAUGCCCACCGGCCGAAGGCCGACUGUGAUUUCCCUACCCCCACAAGGCGAUUUUGAUCCCCUGAGUGCUGCUCCUGAGGACUCAGACCCCGAAGCUGCCCCAGGGAGGUCCCCGCUGCAUCCCACAACCCAAGCUGUGCCUCAUGGAGUCGAUGUUUAGCAGCCCUGCCGAGGCGGCGCUGCAGCGAGAGGCGGGGGUGCCAGGACUGCUCACUCCUCUCCCGGACCUGGACCGAGUGUACGAGCUGGAGCGAGUCGCUGGAUUUAUCCGCGACCUGGGGUGUGAACGAGUUGCCUUGCAGUUCCCUGACCAGCUAUUGGGAGAUGCUGUGGCUGUGGCUGCACGACUGGAGGAGACGACAGGGUCAAAGAUGUUCAUUCUGGGGGACACAGCCUACGGCAGCUGCUGCAUGGAUGUGCUGGGUGCUGAGCAAGCUGGAGCUGAGGCUCUCAUACAUUUUGGCCCUGCCUGCUUAAGCCCCCCAGCCCGCCCACUGCCCGUCGCCUUCGUCCUUGGUCAACGUUCUGUGGCCUUGGAGCUCUGCGUCAAGGCCUUUGAGGCCCAGAACCCAGACCCCAAAGCGCCUGUGGCGCUGCUGAGUGAGCCGGCCUGUGCCCAUGCCCUGGAGGCUUUGGCUACUCUCCUGCGCCCACGGUACCUGGACCUGCUAGUCUCCAGCCCAGCUUUUCCCCUGCCAGUGGGUUCCCUGAAUCCAGAGCCUAAGCCCCUGGAGCGUUUUGGGCGCUACUUCUCUCUUGCCCCAGGGAGGCGUCUAGAAGAGUAUGGUGCCUUCUACGUGGGGGGCUCUGAGGCCAGCCCUGACCCAGACCUUGACCCAGACCUGAGUCGGCUGCUUUUGGGGUGGGCACCAGGUCGACCCUUCUUCUCCUGCUGCCCAGAUACAGGGAAGACUCAGGAUGAGGGUGCCCGGGCUGGACGGCUAAGGGCACGAAGACGAUAUCUGGUAGAGAGGGCCAGAGAUGCCCACGUUGUAGGGCUGCUGGCAGGCACACUGGGUGUAGCUCAACACCGUGAGGCACUGGCCCACUUGCGGAACCUGACUCAGGCUGCCGGCAAGCGUAGCUAUGUGUUGGCCCUGGGGCGGCCCACCCCCGCCAAGCUUGCCAACUUCCCUGAGGUGGAUGUCUUUGUGCUAUUAGCCUGUCCUCUGGGUGCCCUAGCCCCCCAGCUUUCUGGUAGCUUCUUCCGGCCUAUACUGGCACCAUGUGAGCUGGAAGCUGCCUGCAACCCUGCCUGGCCACCUCCAGGCCUGGCUCCCCACCUCACACAUUAUGCAGACUUAUUGCCUGGCUCUCCCUUCCACGUGCCUCUCCCACCACCUGAGUCAGAGCUGUGGGAAACCCCAGAUGUGUCACUCAUUACUGGAGAUCUCCGACCCCCACCUGCCUGGAAGUCAUCAAAUGAUUCUGGAAGCUUGGCCCUGACCCCACGGCCCCAGCUGGAACUGGCUGAGAGCAGUCCUGCAGCCUCGUUCCUUAGUUCCCGGAGCUGGCAAGGGCUGGAGCCCCGCCUGGGUCAGACGCCAGUGACAGAAGCUGUGAGUGGAAGACGAGGGAUUGCCAUCGCCUAUGAGGAUGAGGGAAGCGGCUGAUACCGUGUGGGGCCGGAGACAUAGAUGGACUUAUGAAUGGCUGCUAGGACCUUUAGUGUUCCCUGCACCAACCUCCCAUCCCCCUGCCAAGAUCCUUGAAGGACCCUGGAAGGAGGGAGAGCAGGCAGCUUUCACUGAGGAUAGGAUCCAUCUCUGAUCUGUCCUGGCACUGGCACAAGCUAAGCAUAUGCCCAGUAAAUGCUUGUUGUUUGGCUGAUGGAAUAAAGGGCUUAGGGACUUCCCUGAGGCCUCUGGACCCAUCUGUCUUCCUGGGGGCAGCCCAGGACCUUUGGCCAAUCCCAGUUCCUGGUCUCCAGUUGAGGGUCUGUCCUUGUCAAAAGGCAGGUGCUAGACAGUCUAGACCAUGGUUUCUCAAACUCAUACCUGACAUUUGGGGCCAGAUAAUUGUGUGUUGUGGGGCCUGUCCGGUGUAUGGUAGGGUGCUUAGCAGCAUCCCUGGCUUCUGCCCACUAGACAUCAGAAGCACUUCCCCAAUUGUGACAACUAAAAAUAUCUCCAGACAUUGGCAAAUGUUCUCUGUGGGGGCAAAAUUGCCCUCAGUUGAGAACCACUGGUCGAGCUGGACCUGCACUGUCCAGUACAGUAGCCACUAAAUACAUGUGGCUAAACUUAAAUUUAAGUUAAUUAAGAUUAAAAGCUCAGUUUCUCAGUCACAUUAGUCAUUCAAGUGUUCAGACAGCCACAUGAGGGGACAGUGCAGCUACAGAAUAAUGCCAUCAUGGCAGAAAGUUCUGUUUGUUGGACAGUGUUGGUCUAUACUGACUCUUAUUUCUCAGGGAGAUCACAGCAACCUGAAUAAACCAGAUACCUUUUCUC